AAUGUUUUGUUGGAUAAAUGGCUUGUUCAUAAAAGAAAAAUAUUUUGAUUUUAGUUUUGAUAAAACCUGGCCAAUAGGAGUCAUUUUCAAGUUAGCGUGGAGUGGCCUUAAGGUUGUAAAUAAUACUGUUGGCCAAGUCCCAAUACUGUGCAGAUGAGAAAAGGAUGCAGGAAAUUCUGUUGUUUAUACAUGUCUCUAUAACUCUGAGAAGCAAGAGGAGGCUAGAAAAUCCAGAGGAUAUAGGAUCCUUAAUUACCAUAACAAGGUUUUUGUGCAGAAUGACCAGCCACCUGACUGGGCUUUUUGUAACUGCAGCAACAUCACGUGAAGUUCUGACAUUCCUGUAGAACUUAUGAAAGAUGAUGGGUGAUAUCAGAUUAUGAAUCAAAACAUGGACAUAGGAUCUGUUCAGCAACUAAUGGAAGAGACACAGAUUUUUAGGAACCAACCAGGACAGCCUAAUAAAUUAGUUGGAAUUUGCCAAACAGAUGGCAAUCUGUGUAAUUCAAAUCUUCCAUCUCAAAAUUUAUAUCCAUUUUCAUCUCAUUAUACAUGUAUGCAUACGAAUUAUGGCAGCGACUUGGAAAUUUUUGAAGCAGUAAGAAUUCGAGAACUGGAAGAAGUCAAAGCCAGAGCUGCUCAAAUGGAGAAAACCAUGCGCUGGUGGUCAGAUUGUACUGCUAAUUGGAGGGAGAAAUGGAGCAAAGUUAGAACAGAAAGAAAUAAAGCCCGAGAGGAAGUCAGACAAUUGAGAAUAAAAUUGGAUGGUGCUGUAAAAGAACUGAGUAUGCUUAGAAAGAUAAACCAAGAUUUAGUAAGUGAGAAAGAAAAUUUAGAAAAUGUAACUGCUUGGAAAACAGAAUAUUACAGUUCCUCAGAAAUAUCUCAUAUAAAAAGAGACUUAAACCAGUUAACAUUUCUGGAAGAAGAACCUGUGAAAGAAUUGAACAAAACCAACAAGAUUCCUUGGGCAGAAGACUCAAACAAGGAUGUGGAGGUAAUCAAACACCCUUUAAGAAGCAAUCAAUAUAAAAAAAUAACUUCAACGCAUCUUGAUUCCUUUCCCAGUGGAGUUACUAGUAUUUAUUUUGAGGAACCUAAAAAAGGUCUGCACAGCGCAGCUCAGACAUCAGAGAAUGAUUUAAUGCAUGCUUCUGUUUUGCAUUUGCAUUUGGCUGAGUUACAGAAAAUCUUAACCAAAGAAAGAGAAAUGAAUGUAUUUCUGGAAAAAGAAGUGGAAAAGACAGAAAAUGAAUUAGCUCUUUGGAAGUGGAAAUAUGAAGAACUGAGACAAUCUAAACUGGAAAGUCUGAACCAGCUGGAAAGAUUGCAGUUUGAGAAUACUUCUGAAUGGGGAAAGAGAGAGAGACUUGAAGUAGAAAAGCAAAGUUUGGAAGAAGAGAUCAGAAGGUUGAAGUUGCAAGUGAAAGAAAUUCAGGAACUUCUGGAGCUGAAAAAUAAAGCAGUACCAAUUAAAUUGAGUUGCGGCCAUGAAAAUGCACAAAGUCAGCUGCUGAUUAAAAAUAAGAUUAAAGAGACAGAAGAAAAUGAGCUCAGAAUUUGGGACCAGGCAAAGUUCCUUGUAUGUUGUUGGAGAUUCCACCAAGACAGUGAGUGAAGACACAAGAGAGAUUACCUGCAGCAACAAGGCUUAAAGGAAAAAAAGGAGCAAAAUACUUAAAGACUUCAAAAGACUUACAGGAAAAUUAAACAGUGGAAGUACAUAUAACAUGCAUGGAAACACUACAUGCAUUAUUUCUAUGUAUUUGACAUUUUCAGUAAGGGCCAAAGAAAUGUGUACUGCAGUGUGCACCAACUUAGAAUAUUUUGCUGUUUGUUCUUCUUCUCAGUUGUCUUAAUUGCCAUCUUCUAAAGCAAAAGAUGGAUUCUAAUUGAUGUAGCCCAUAGUUAAUCUGUGGGGAAAAAAAAAAGAAAAUUACAAUGUACAUUGCAAAGGAGAGAGUUUCGUAGAAGGUUCUGUGAAGACAGUGAGUCUGAAAUGGAAGUCAAUGCUUUUUGCUUUGUUUUUCUUUUUUUUUUCAUACAGCAAGGCACAAAUAACUAUUUCUCAGUUUUCCUACUUCUAUCAGAGUGGUAUACUGUAGUUAAAUCUAACAAUAUAUUUCUCUCCCUACUAAUAUACUGCAUACUCCUUCUAAAUCUGCUUCAGUGAUCAUAUAGUUGUUUUUUCUUCUUUUUUUUUUUCAUUGAGUUUGUGUAGGACCAUAGAAAAAAGAAAUAAUUAUUUCCAUAACUGGUAUCCCUGCUGUGGAAAUUGGUGUGAAGACAUUGUGUCUAAUUUAAAAUUUGCUUAGAUUUAGAUGGUGGUUUGUAAAGUUCGUGAAUGAAAAACAUGAAAGGUUUACAAUUAUAUAAGAAUCAUGUUUUCCUAGGAAUUUGUUAGCUGCUGGAGUUGGAGCACCUUCAUGACACCCCAUUGUGUAACAUAACAGUACUGAAAAUGUCAGUGUGUGCAAUAGAAAUUGAAAGUGCAUAAUUAUUGAUUUUUAAAUGCUGUAACAGCCAAAUGUACUUCUAUGGCUACACUGAAGUGCCUGAAAAUACAGUAAUGUCACAAAACAACUUACUGAUAAAAGUCUUUAUCUAACCUCUACAUACAAGCAAUUUUUGUUUUCUCUGACAAGCCAUAAGAAAUAAGGGUCUUUUAGAGAUGAAACUCUAGGGUUUCAGCAAUUGAGCAAAAUCUCUUUAAGCCUACAGUACCACCUGUGGCUAAAAAUCAAGUCAAACAAUUCCAUGAGUUACUGAGGAAACCAGGAUUCUGUCCUUCCCUCUCUAUCUCUAAACAUGAAAGAAAAACAAAUAUUGUUUAAUUGGUGCUGGAGAACAUCAUUGUGGUAACAGUUUGCCAGACUAAUAAGGAUAUUGAUGGAAAUCAACAGCUAGGAGCUACUUUCUGCUGAUCUGACUUGCACUUCUGUAUAAACCUUUAGUACAUGUUUGUCCUUCACUUCUCUGUAUUAUAAUUCCCAGUUGGUGUGAUAUAUCUGGCUAUUCCAGUGCUCAUAGUGGCAACAGAUAGAUCAUUGAACCUAUUCUAGUAUUUUAUUUCAGAAUAAUGAUACAGUAUGUUUUCUUUCUAUGAGGAAAUUCUCUCUAUGCCACAUGAUUCUUGUAAUCAUAUUACUGACCAUAUUUUAUUUUCAAGUGCUUUCUUCUUAAUUGUGGUGCUUAAGUUUUAUUGGAAGACUGCAAUAAUCAGACAAGUCACUUCAGUUUUUUAUAAUUUCUCCCUGUUCCCUGAGAAAAUUCAGCUACAUCUGCAUCUGUUAAGUGCAUAAAAUAUUUAUUUCAGCAACUACUUACACAGAAAACUUCAGAGGUCUCUGUGAAGAAGCAUACCCAUAAAUUAGUCACUUGAAAGAAAUCCAAGAUAUAAUAAUACAUAAUUGCCCUGACUGCAGUUGAGAAUGUCAGAGAAUGUUAAUUUAUGACCUUUUCAUCAUAAUACUAGAAUGUUUCCUGAUCUUAAACAUACAUCUAUGAUAUCUGCUCUCUACUGAUAUUCCCAUCCAUUCACCUUCACGUUCCCCUUGGUGGGCAGAGAAGACUGCAUAUUUGUGCAGAAGAAGUGGCUUGCUCAAAGUCACUAAGGAUAAAUAUUUGAAAAAAUUAUCAGGAAAACUUACCCUAAAGCUGGUUCCAAACCAUUGAGCCAUCCUCAGUCUCUCAGAGGCAAUGAUCGGUGCCUAAAAUAGUGGAAUGCUUCUAGAAAAAGAAUUAAAAAUCUCAUCUUGUUAUUCUUUUUAAGAGAUGAUACUGUAUGUAUUGCAUGUCAAUUAGUUUAACAAACAAAUAAUAAACAGAGAAAGACUUACAAAUGACUUUCACAGCUGGUAAGUUGUGUUACAUCUUAGUUAAAACAACAAAUGUUUAUAUUAUUUCAUAUUGGUACAAAAACAUUCAAAAGAUUAGAGAGAUAGGAAGGAACGAUUAAAGUGGUCGAGUGGUCAUUUAGUAGUGGAUAUAGAAAUAAAAUUAAUGCUGUCUUAUACUUCCUCCUUCCUAAAUAAAAUACUACCCUUCUGA